GCAAGCGAGCGCGCCUCGGACUCGUGUAGUCUGUCUGCUGCCACACAGCGCUCAGUGCGUGGACACGGACACAGCUCAAUAUUUCUUGUGUCUUCUGAAAUACACUGGGAUUAUUUUAGCGCUUUCCUGCAGGAGUGACAGUGAAAUAAACAGAAAGACACAAGCAGAUCUCAGCAGACUCCAUGUAAGGAAUGUAAUGCAUGUUUUCUGCGCGCGUACCGCGAGUUGCGCUCCGUUCAGCGGACAAAGUUUAUUUCUUCUCCACGGUCACACGAAGCUGGACCGGAAUUUGAAAUUAACACACCAGUCAGAAUAUAUCUAUGUGACUGCACACAGAACAAUGGUGAAGACUGUAUGGAGCUAGACAUCCUCUUUCCAACAAGGCAAAAGGAAUCAUUAUUUUGAUUUUGAUUUUUUUGUGUGUGUGUAUCCUCUUUUCCAAGCUUUCUUCUGGAAUUGUGGCCAAUAUUUAAAGACAUUUCUCCAGAAUGGCAUCCAGCCUCACGUGUACGGGGAUGAUCUGGGCUCUGGUGUCCCUGCUGAGCGCAGCAGCUUCCUGCGUGGGGUUCUUCAUGCCCUACUGGCUGCUGGGCUCACAAAUGGAUAAGCCAGUGUCCUUCGGUACUUUCCGGCGGUGCUCGUACCCCAUUCGGGACGAAGAGAGGCAGGCUACGAUCAUGCUGGAGCAAUGUGGGCGCUAUGCAAGCUUUCAGGGUAUUCCGAGCAUGGAGUGGCGGAUCUGUACAGUCGUGACGGGAGUUGGAUGUGGCCUGCUGCUGCUGGUGGCGCUCACCGCGGUCAUGGGCUGCUGCAUAUCAGAACUCAUCUCCAGAACCAUCGGACGUGCAGCGGGGGGCAUGCAGUUUCUUGGAGGUCUGCUCAUCGGUUCAGGAUGUGCUCUGUAUCCUCUAGGUUGGGACAGUGAGGAGGUCCGGCAGACAUGCAACAACAGCUCAGAUCAGUUUGAACUUGGCUCUUGUCAGAUUGGCUGGGCGUACUACUGCACUGGGGCUGGCGCCACCUCGGCCCUGUUGCUGUGCACCUGGCUCGCCUGUUUCGCAGGGAAAAAACAAAAACAAUACCCGUACUAGAAGAACCAACCUCAACUACAGCCUGAACCACAGCAGGACAGAUGCCUUAGACUCAGUGGAGACUGGCUUUGCAGCCAAUGGAAUGACGGCUUUCCUCCAUUAAUGCAACUCCGACUCAUUAAAGACUCAAAAUGCUCAUAUGGACAUUUGUGUGAUUAAAAUGAGCAUACUUUUCAAAGAGACAUGACUUUUGACAGUACUUCCACUGCUCUCUAAAAAACAACUAGAGAGUAUUUAAUGUGAA